AUUUUUUGGGUUAUAAAAGAUAGUUGGGGCCAAAACAUCAAAGUAGUCACCACUGACCCCUCUCUCUCUCUCUCUGAGAUUCUGGCGCUCACCAUCUUCACUAUUCUACACAAUACACAUUCACUGAACUUGCCAACUGCCAAGCCAUAUCUAUGGCUUCUUCAGAGGAAAACAGUUUGGGGCAAAGGGUAUCAGAAAAGGUAAUUUCUUUAUACAAUUCUCUUCCAAAGAAAGGCAAACCUCAAGGCCGUGAAGUAACUGUUUUGGCUGCUUUUCUUCUCUCUUCUCCUUCCAAUGAAUUGAAGGUUGUUGCACUUGGAACUGGAACAAAAUGUAUUGGACGUUCUCUUUUGCGUCCUUAUGGUGAUAUUGUUCAUGAUUCUCAUGCUGAAGUUAUUGCCAGAAGAGCUUUGAUCAGGUUCUUCUAUACACAGAUUCAAUAUCUUUCUGAAACUAGUAGCAAUUCUGGACCUAGCAAUGGAUGCAAACGGUUCAAAGUUGAUGAUGACAACUUAGCAUUUGAGUUGGACCAAGGAUGUCUUGACAAACGGAAAUAUACCUUGAGAAGUGGUUGGAAAUUACAUAUGUACAUAUCACAGUUACCAUGUGGAGAUGCUUCAUUGAGCUCACUUGUCACUCCUUCGGAAAGUGCGCCUUUAGGAGAAAAUGGUUCGCGUUCAUCAUUAAGUGGAGAUGCUUCAUUGAGCUCGCUUGUCACUCCUUCGGAAAGUGAGCCUUUAGGAGAAAAUGGUUCACAUUCAUCAUUAAUUAAUAGUUCAAAACAAAUAGGGAUGGUCCAGAGGAAGCCAGGUCGGGGUGAUACAACCCUUUCAGUUAGUUGUUCUGACAAGAUAGCUCGUUGGAACGUUGUCGGUGUUCAAGGAGCUUUGCUUUCGUACUUUCUCCAACCUGUAUAUCUUUCAUCAAUUACUGUUGGUCUGCCGCAUAUCAGUCCUGAAAAUUUUAAUUUGGAGGAUAACUUGAAAAGUGCAUUGUAUGAUCGUAUUCGACACUUGGAGAACGAGCUAACAUCUCCAUUUCUAGUGAACCAGCCAUUAUUUUUCGCUGCCCUGGCACCACCAAAGGAUUUUCAGCAAUCUGAGAGUUCUGCCAACACUUUGACAUGCGGGUAUUCUAUAUGUUGGAAUGAAUGUGGCUUACAUGAAGUCACCCUUGGAACAACCGGAAGAAAGCAAGGAACAUCUGCAAAAGGGGCACUUUACCCAUCAACGGAGUCAUCUUUAUGCAAAAAGAGACUGUUGGAGGUUUUCUUGUCAUUGAGAAAAGAGUGCUUGGCAAGGUCCUUGGACAACGAAGUUACUUACCGAGAACUUAAGGAUGGAGCUGAAGAAUAUCAUUUAGCUUCUAAACUUUUUAAAGGGAAGCCACCUUUUAGCAACUGGUUCGUGAAACCAUUGGACUGCGAGAAAUUCCCCAUUUCAAAAUAAUAAUACAUUUAAGCUUUGUUUGAGAGUGUGGUUUGUGAGGGAAGGGAGUAGGGGGAGGGUUUAUCAGACUGAUAAUCUCUCCUCUUGUUUGUCAGUUUUUAAAAAAGAGGAAAAAGAGUUCGGAGAUUUUUUUUUAAACCCUCCAAAACGCUCUUGGGCUUUUGCUUUUCCGGUUUCCCCAAAUUUGAGAAUAUAUCAUCUCUUUUAAACAAGGCGAGGGAUUCUCGUCUCUUACUGUCCCCUUUCCUCUCCUCUUAACUCCCAAACAUAGCCUAACUUACCUAUCUAAAGUGGAGAGCUUAUAGUUGGUAAUGCCAAUUGAGUUGCAUGCAAGAAUCCAACUUUUGUAAUAUGAGAAUGUAGCUCAUUUAGUGUCGGUUCUACUCAAGAUAAUUAAAACUGGGUUGGACCGUCCGGUUCAACUGGCCUGUUCAAGAACUGGGUUGAACCGUCUGGUGCAAAUAAACUAGUAGUAAUCCACUUUUAUGACAUUCCUUAUACGCAAUUCGGGACUCAAUCUUUUUUAUGUAAAAGCGCCAGCCUAUGUGGAACUUGGUCUUGUAGACUUGUAGUCAUGCCUCAUUCUUAAAACAUUUCUUCAAUUUCUCAACAUCUUUGUUCGUAGCUUCGACACAUGGUAGUUGAAUAAAGUUGCGCAACGCAACAUAUCCUUGUUCGUUUUGUGUGUGAUUUGUGUUACGGCACCGGCACAUACCAUAUGCUUUAUUUUUAUCUGUGGGAAUCUGUUUGAGUCUUAUCCUUAGAAAAAUACACAGGGACGCAAGAAAAAUAAGAUGGAUUUGUAACCAAACACACUUUUAAUGUUUGCUAAGGCUUUGAUUUUGAAUUUACCAUGGUUGAAAUGAACAUCAAGGGGACUUUAUGUGGGAUCCUAUAGAAGACAAUAUUGUUCCAGACUGUUGUAAUUGCUAUGCAAUAGUGGGAGUAUCAGGUUUUGAACACCGGUCUCUGCAUUUUACAUGUAAUGUUCUUACUAAUCGAGUUAUGUUCACGGGGACAUAUUUAACUACUUAUUAUGAAGUAAGCAUUUAUAAUUUAACAAUUUGCUAUCAA